GAUCAUCAUCGACACCUACGGCGGCUGGGGAGCCCACGGUGGCGGCGCCUUCAGUGGCAAGGAUCCCACCAAGGUGGAUCGCUCCGCAGCAUACAUUUGCCGACAGAUGGCCAAGUCCGUGGUGUCUUCUGGUUUGGCAGCCAGGUGUUUGGUGCAGCUGUCCUAUGCGAUCGGCGUCGCCAAGCCCUUGUCUCUCUUCGUAGAGGCUUAUGGCAGCGAGAAGGGCCAGCUGACGGUGGAUGACAUCACCAACGUCUUGAAGAUUGAGUUCGACUGCCGUCCCGGUGCCAUCGCCGCGUCCCUGGCCCUUCGGGAACCAAAGUACCAGGAGACCGCGGCCUACUGCCACUUCGGCAGGGAAGCCGUGACCAAGGACGGCAUCAAGUUCUUCGAAUGGGAGAACGCCAAGGACUUGAAGAAGUAUGCAUCCAUGAGCAGCGAACAGGUGGCUGCUGCCCUGAAGGGCAGCAACUACCUCACCAAGUGGGUGGACUAAACGCCAGGGCGACCAGGCCUUUGGCGCCACAAAAUUUCUCAGCUGAUUUUGAGCAAGGAUACCUCGGAUCCUGCAGUGAGCCGCUGCUGCGACGAGGAAAACAUACUGGAAUUUUGGAACUAGUUUUCGCGUUUUGAAAAUACCAAUAUAAA